AUGAGCCAAACCAUAAAGUACCAUUCGCUAGCCCGUAGCGAAUUCCAUCAUCCAAAAAUGACUCGCACUUCCGUCCUCGCUGAUGCUCUCAAGUCCAUCACCAACGCUGAGAAGGCUGGCAAGCGCCAGGUUCUUAUCCGCCCUGCCUCCAAGGUCAUUGUUCGUUUCUUGCAGGUUAUCCAGAAGCACGGCUACAUUGAGGAUUUCGAGUGGGUCGACAACCACCGCUCUGGUAAGAUUGUCGUUUUCCUGAAUGGUCGUUUGAACAAGGUUGGUGUUAUCUCUCCUCGCUUCAACGUCAAGUUCAGCGAGCUUGAGACCUGGACCAACAACCUCCUUCCUUCCCGUCAGUUCGGUUACUUGAUCCUUACCACCUCUGCUGGCAUUAUGGAUCACGAGGAGGCUCGUCGCAAGCACGUUGCUGGCAAGAUCCUCGGCUUUGUCUACUAA